AUGCCACGCAAGAUAGAAGGCUUUUUGUUACUACUUCUCUUUGGCUAUGAAGCCACCCUGGGAUUAUCGUCUACUGAGGAUGAGGGUGAGGACCCCUGGUACCAAAAAGCGUGCAAGUGUGAUUGCCAAGGAGGAGCCAAUGCUCUGUGGUCUACAAGCGCCACCUCCUUAGAUUGUAUACCAGAAUGCCCAUAUCACAAGCCCCUGGGUUUUGAGUCAGGGGAGGUCACGCCAGACCAGAUCACCUGCUCCAACCCCGAGCAGUAUGUGGGCUGGUACUCCUCGUGGACUGCAAACAAGGCCCGGCUCAACAGUCAAGGCUUUGGGUGCGCUUGGCUCUCCAAGUUUCAGGAUAGCAGCCAGUGGUUACAGAUAGAUUUAAAGGAGAUCAAGGUGAUUUCGGGGAUACUUACUCAGGGGCGCUGUGACAUCGAUGAAUGGAUGACCAAGUACAGCGUUCAGUACAGGACUGAUGAGCGCCUGAACUGGAUUUACUAUAAGGACCAGACUGGAAACAAUCGGGUCUUCUAUGGAAACUCGGAUCGAACUUCCACAGUCCAGAACCUGCUGCGGCCGCCUAUCAUCUCCCGCUUCAUCCGCCUGAUCCCGCUGGGCUGGCAUGUCCGCAUUGCCAUUCGGAUGGAGCUGCUGGAGUGUGUCAGCAAGUGUGCCUGACACCUGCCUCAGCUUGGUGCCUGCCUGUGGGUGGUGGGCACAGAGUGGGCCUGUGGGGGGAUCCUUGACAUCCCACUGGGA